AUGACAACAGAGCCGUCGUCGCCCAGGAGGCGGCAUAUUUUGGCUUCCAUCAACCAUGCAGAGCCACCCUUGCCAUCGGCAAAGGGGCCAGAGCAUCAUUCGCCUAAAGAGGAUGUUAUGACUGAAGAACCGUCUACGAUAAAAACUGGCGAAGACGCAGCGCCAGAGUACCGCGAGCGCAAAUCAUCGAAAUUCCGCUUCAAGUCAAAGAGACGAUCGCAUCGAUCUUCGCGACACCGAGAACGAGGUUACAGUGAUGAUGACAAGGGUACUUCUCGGCAUACUUCGACGCGGCGGCGGGAUGACGCUGAGGAUGCCAAUGACCAUGAGACAAAAGAUCGAGAAAGCUCACACCGCGAUACCCACCGCGAUAGGCGCCAUCGACACCAUCACAGACACAAGCGGCGGCGGGAGCGUUCUAGAAGCCGUUCGCCUACACCCCCAAACCCUUAUGGCCCCCCGCCACUGAGUCCUGAGACUGCCUUUCGGGAGUCCCUCUUCGAUGCCAUGGCCGACGAUGAGGGAGCUGACUACUGGGAGGGUGUCUAUGGCCAACCAAUCCAUGUAUACUCGAAUCAAAAGGCCGGUUCACAAGGAGAGCUCGAGCAGAUGGACGACGAAGAGUACGCUGCAUACGUCCGGCAGAAAAUGUGGGAGAAGACGCAUCAAGGGCUCUUGGAAGAGAGGGCAAGACAGGAAGAGCAAAAGAAACAAAAGGAUGAAAAGGAAAAGGAAGCGCGAAGACUGACCAAGGAAAUGGAGGAAAGUCUACGGCGUGGUGAAGAAAGACGAAAACGAAAGAGCUGGAAGGUCAAGUGGGACGAGUAUACCCAGGCGUGGUCAGACUGGAACGGUACAGUCGAAGCCAUGAGUUGGCCAGUCCUCGAUGGCAGCCCAUCCAGCAUCAACAGCGAGAAUGUCAGGGAUUUCUUCAUCAAAGGCCUUGACCCCCUCGAGAUUGGCGAGAAGGAGUUUCUAGCACGGCUGAAAGACGAAAGAGUUCGCUGGCAUCCUGACAAGAUGCAACAAAAGUUGGGCGCACAGUUUGAUGGGACGGUCAACCGAAAUGUUACGGCAGUCUUUCAGAUCAUCGAUAAGCUUUGGUCAGAUACCCGGCCCAAGUGA